AUGACAUGGGCCGUCCUGGGCCUCCCCCCGCUGCUCCCUUUUCUCUUCUCGGGCAGCAUCGCCGACAACAUUCGAAAGGGCAAACCGGGGGCCUCAGACGAGGAAGUGGUGGCGGCGGCCAAGGCCGCCAAUGCCUACGACUUUUGCAUCGAGUUCCCCGACGGGAUGCAGACGGAAGUCGGGCAACGCGGAAGCCAGCUCUCCGGGGGGCAAAAGCAGCGGAUCGCCAUCGCCCGCGCCAUCAUCAAGAAUCCGGCCAUCCUCCUCCUUGACGAGGCCACCUCCGCGCUCGACUCCCACUCAGAGAAGAUCGUGCAAGAGGCCCUCGACAAUUUGGCGCGAAGCAAGAAGCGCACCACCUUCGUGGUCGCCCACCGACUUUCCACCAUCCGAGAGGCGGACAAGAUCGCCGUCAUUGACAAAGGGCAGGUCAAGGAGCUGGGCUCGCACGAGGAGCUGAUGGCCCGCCAGGGGAUCUACGCCGAGCUGGUCGCCUUGCAGGGAGGGUCGGGCCGAGAGGAGGCAGUGGAAGGCGCGGGCAAGGUCCAGGCGGAGGGCGGGGCGGAGGGCGGGGACGAGGUCUCGCGGGUGAAAUCUGUUUCCGUCAGCCGGCUUCCUUUGGGGGCGAGCAUGCGUCGCCUUUCCCGCGCUGUCAGCCAGGUCCUGCGGGAGAGUUUGCCUUUCCAGGACGGGGUAGAGGAAGGAACGGAGGGCGCGGCCGAGGGCCGCCCCUCCCUGUGGGGCUUGUCCUUCCGGCAUUGGCCGUACCUGCUCGUGGGCUUGCUGAGCAACUGCGCCCUGGGGGUGCUCUUUCCCUUUUGGGGCUACCUGUUGGCGAACGUGAUGAGCGUCUUCUAUUCCACGGACCGAGACUACAUCUUGGAACGGGGCAGCUUUUGGGCGGGCAUGUUCGUGGUGCUCGGUUCUGCGGCCAUUUUGUUCUAUACCUUGGCCUUCUGGGGCUUGGGCAAUACCCAGAACCGCGCCGGGGUCGGGGAGGGUCACCUGGCUCAAUCCUAA